AUGGACGCAGACCCAUGGGCAGACGCACCUGUAGCGUCCUCUUCGACCAGCCAGCCAAUCAGCAAGCGGACCUCGCUUCAAGCGGUCGGAAAUCUCGAGCCGAUAUCGCUUGAGCCGGAACAAGGCGACGACUUCGCGGGUGGUUUCGCAUCUGCCUCUCAGUCGCUGGAAGAUCCCUAUGCAAGCACGGCAGACCCAUUGGUAUCGGGAGGAGCAGAGGAUAAUUUCGGGGACGACUUUGACGACUUUGACGCGGCGCCAGUAGCGGGCCCGAGCUCGGGCGGUGCCGCAGGAGCAAAUGGGGACGGGGAGGAUGCGUUUGGGGACUUUGGCGAUUUCGAAGAAGGGGACUUUGAUGCUGGCGAGGCGGAGACGAAUCAGCAGGAAGUUCCGGUGCCCUCAGUGGCGCCAAUACCGGAGGAACGAUUGCCCGCACUAUCCCUCCACCCCUUUCCUUCCGCCCCCUCCCUCAUCGCCCAAUUCACCUCCCUCCUGUCACCCCUCCUCGACCCAACCUCUCCACUGUUCACAGACGAACCCCCACGCCUCGCCUCCUCAUCCCGCCAGAUCCUACCCACCGAGACCGCUCGGGACGCCUACAUCCAGCUCGCCUCUCCUCCCCAGCUCAAACCCCUCGACUGGACCCGCUCACGCGUACGGCGGGAACAUCUCAUACAUAUGAGCAUACCGGUCAAUCUGGACGAAGUGGAUAGUCAUCUCUUGACGAGAUUACCGGCAUUGACAAUCUCGACGAACUUUGCGGAUCUGCGCGCGCCGAGGAAACGGCAUAGUGAGGAAGUGCAGGGGGUGGGGGUGGAUGGUGGGAAGGGGAAGGCAAGGGAGACGGAGAGUAUGCCGGUGUCUGCUGCGCCGAAGGAUGGUGCGGAGGGGAAAUAUGGGCUCGGAGUGCGGCCGGAGCUGGAUAUGCAAAAGGCGGAGGAAUUGUGCGGGAUAGAGGAAGAUCAAAUAUCGAUACUAUCUCCAGCGGCAUUAGCCAAGAUCCAGGCAGAUCUCGUCCAAUCAUCAGCACAAGCAUCAGCACUACUCGCUCAUCUACUCCAGCUGAAAGAUGCCCAAUCACACGACGCAGCCACAUACAACGGCAUGAUCUCGAAUCUUAUCACCAACGCCGCAAACGCAAGAUCUGCGCAACAAGCUGGAUCAGGAGGGGUCUUUAGGCGGAGCUCAGUACGGAGACCUGUAUCGGUCAUGGCUGGCGGCGCUAACGGGAGUGGGAGCGCCACGCCCAGAACGGGUAGUCCCGCUCUCAGAUGA